AGUGGCAAGGUGGAGCUCGGGGAAGCGCUUCUCGGGUGCUGCUGCUUCGCUGCUUGCCGGACUAGGGACGCCGCCGUCUCACUCGCGAGCGGUCUCUCUGGCACCCCGGACUGGCCUCCUACCUAGGAGUUCCUAAGGACUGGGCAGGGUUCCGCCGGGCGGCUUCUGCCCUGAUGGGGGCACGUCGGCUGCUGCUGGUCUCCAACUCCACCCUGCACGGAGGGGGUUAUCUCGAGCACUGCCAGAAGCAGAUCAAGGACUUAUGUGGGGAGUCGUCUGGGAAGAUAGACAGACAGCAAGUGACUACCCUACACUUAGGCGAUGGGGCCAAAGGUAGAGCAUUUGCUUUGCAUGUGGCAGGUCCCAAGUUCAGUCCAGGCAGCUUUAGGAAGGUGAAGAGAGUUCUGUUUGUUCCUUAUGCUCUCCAUGACCGAGAUGCCUAUGCCAAGAUGGCAAGAGAAAAGUUUGAAAGCUUAGGGUAUGGAUUAGACAGUAUUCAUGAGUCUCCUGAUCCAGUAGAGGCUGUGAGAAAAGCUGAAGCGAUAUUCAUUGGUGGUGGCAAUACAUUUCGUCUCUUGAAGACUCUGUAUGACAAUGGUCUGGUGCAGCCAAUCAGGAAAAAAAUUCUUGAGGAUGGGAUUCCAUAUAUUGGAUCCAGUGCAGGAGCUAACGUAGCAACUAUCAGCAUCAACACAACCAAUGAUAUGCCAAUUGUAUAUCCCCCUUCCUUGAUUGCCCUUGGAUUGGUUCCUUUCAACAUCAACCCACAUUACUUGGAUCCAGAUGUUAACAGCACCCACAUGGGGGAAACCCGUGAAAAAAGGAUUCUUCAGUAUCAUGAAGAACCAAAUACUCCUCCGGUAUUGGGUUUACGCGAAGGAGCAAUGCUGCUUGUGGAAGGAACCAAAGCUACCCUGCAAGGGAAAACUGGGGCUCGCCUGUUUGUGAGAGGGAAUAGCCCAACAGAACAUGAGCCUGGAACGGAUUUCAGUUUCUUGUUGACUGAGGAACCGUAACUUUUGCCAAAAUGCCAUCUCUCAGCAAUCUGCUUGAGAAGAAAAAGAAAUACCUUAUGCCAGGGGUGCAAAAAUCUAGAAAGCCAAUAACCACUCAAAAAAGCUGAUACCUCAAAAAGCGAGUCUGGUGAUUGGGUUGUGUUAGGACUUUCCAGAAUGGUUUGACUAAGGUUUAUGAAAUAAAUUGAAAAAGGUUCCGCACACUAUUACAAAUCUCAGCUUGUUCCUUGUAACCAUAGUUUGUAAGUGGCCAACCCCCUGUGUUUGUCUCCCAUGAAAGGGCCCGUAUGCAAUCCCAGGUUUCCUUGUGCUGCCCUGCUCCUGGCAAGCCCUUGUCCCAUUCUCCACUUCCCAACCAUUGUUUCUGGUUACAAGGGGCAGGCUUGCCUGGAACAUACUCUUUCUGCCUGCUUUUGGAGUACUCUGAAUGCUCUUGACUCUCUAUAGAAAACAAAGAGGUUGUUAAAGUACUAAUCCUCCCAUCUCCCAGCAAGCUGUGUCUCACAUUUCUAGAGUUUCCCACCAAGCACUGUGAACCAUUUCAUACCACUCCUAGACUAGCUGAAAGCAGUGCUAAUAAUGCCUAUUGAUGAAGCUGAGAUACACUGAAAGGAACCAGAAGGGGAAGUGAAGUAAUGCAAGUCAGAGCUAACUAUGAAUCGGUUAUCUGGGUUCAAAUGGCAGGAGGGAAUAGGUAAAAGAGCAUUUUCAGAUGGCAGAAGAAAGGCAACCCACUGCUCAGGUACAAUUGUAUACCUGAACAAUGGGGAGACAAGACUAACAAGACACACACAAAAGGAAAAAAUGCAGGGGUGGAAGGGGAAGGUAAGAAACAUUUCUUGCGAAUGCAGUGUUAUGGUGGGGGCAGAUUUUAGAGAAGGAUUAUUGUGGAGUGUUAGAGCUAUGGUAAAGAACAAAAGCAUAGUUGGAGAGUGCUGCUACAUGAGCAUGGGAAAUGUAAUUCCUGAAUGACUGUUCUUAGUGUUCCCUUUGGGCUUUGUCAGCAGUAAUGCUGCAAAGCUAUACAAGGGUGUAUGGCCAUUCCUUCUCCAAACUCCUUAUACAAAUCUCCUUUUGUAAGGGGGAGCAGCAAGGCACCACCACUGGGCUAACUGGCAAACAAAAAACAAGCUGUUCAACUCCAAUGAUGCUAGUUAAAAUAGAAUAUGAGGCAUAAGGUAGAGAAGGAUCAUAUUGGGAAAGGGAUUUCAGUACAGCCUGUGCUGUCUUGGUUGCUGUGUCAACUGGCUGCUACUGGAUUUCAGCUGUGGUGGGAAUAAUGAGAGAGUUGAGUGGCAAGUCUAUACAUUUUAAAAUAAAGGUGAAUUCUGUCAGUAAAUGUUUCUAGGCAAAAGACUAGAGAAAUUACAUAAGAACUUGCUAGGCAGAUUAGGGGAGAUUUUAAGCUGGCGUCAGUGAGAUGCUUGCAGCCUAGAGUGGCUAUGUCUUGCAACCUCUCUGAGCUAGCAUCUCUGUGAGCAGCAGCCCUUUGAACAAGUCAAAGAAAUUCUGAGGGUGGGUUCAGAGGCAACACAGAACUAAGGUUAGGCUUAACUUACAUACACAAGCUAACUUCAAACCUAACCUUUAAAUCUUGGUUAGAUGGCCACAAAUGAACUGCAGUUAGGACCGGCAUGGGUCCAGACAAUAAAACCAAACUAGGUUAUAUGAAAUAAAGAGGUUCCACAUUCUAUCUGGAGCAACUCAAUCUCUUUCAGUGGUAAAGUCCAGCUCUCGAAAACAUGUAGUCAUAUGUGAAGUGCUUUCUUCUCACCAACUAUUGCUGCUCAUUGAAGGUAGACACAAAAUCUCAUUUCCAGAUAGUCUUGAAUCUUAGUGCCUCUAGCACUGCCUGAAAGGAAGGCAGCAGCGAUAGUGGCAAAAGUGAAACAGACCAGAUUGCUCCAACAAGAACAGGAUUCUUCCAUCUAUCCUUCUUGCCCUUAAUCUUCUCCUAAGGUUUACAAAAAUGUUUUCAGUCCUGCUUAACUUACAUCUCUGGAAAAAAAUAAACAUACUUCCAAAACCACA